AUGGCCACCUUACACGAUGCGCUCCAAUGUCUCAAGCCGACGUCAUGGGAUGCCGUCCCCCAAGACCCCGAUGAACUCCGCGACUAUAUCCGCGAUAUCUUCCGUCACGGUCGUUUGGUAGCGGAGUCACUUCCAGACCCUCCACCUUACGGGAACGAAGAAAACAAUGAUUCGGCACCAUCAUCCACUCCCCACGUCAUUCCGUCAUCGGCCCGAGUCGGAGAGACAGACCCGGACAUCCUGCUUCUACAAAAGCAAUGGGGCAAGCCAAUCAAGAUGGGUGGCCCGAAAGAUAAUCCUCUCGGUGUGCACGUAUGGAAGCUCUCCGCCCAUGACGGAGGGGGUUCGUGGUUCGGAAGACGAAGCGUGCACGAGGGUAUGUCAUUUACACGAUGGCAGGAGAAGAUGUCAUCAGAGUACGAUGAGACCUUGAAGGUGAACAUGAAGAAGAUUGAGAAGGGUCAAACACCCGACAAGAGCAUCCGUGGUAUUGGAGCGGAGCGAAAGGUCGAGGUAGUGGAGGUGAAGGAUGAGGAUGGCUCGGUGAUUGCACAUAUUACCGUGUAUCAUGUUUCGGCACAGUUUCCGAAGCCUACAGCCCCGCGAGACUUUGUGACUAUGAUGAUCACAUCGGAUGCUGGCUUGCGGAUUGGUGGGACGAAGCAACCCGGGCGGAGUUGGAUGAUGAUCUCUAAGCCUUGCGAUCACCCUGAUAUACCGCAUAGACAUGGUUUUACUAGAGGCGAGUACGAGUCCGUUGAGCUUAUACGUGAAAUACCCAGGAAGGGUAGCUACAGCAGUAGCAGUAGCUCCUCCAGUGCGAAGAGUGUGACGAGUGCGAAGAAGAGUGACAAUGAAACUACGGAUAGCUCAUCACAAGAGACCGAUCCCGAAUCAAACCCAGUUGAGUGGAUCAUGGUCACGAGGAGUGACCCAGGUGGCAGCAUUCCACGGUGGAUGGUGGAUAAAGGCACCCCUAAAAGCGUGGGGGCAGAUGCUGCCAAAUUUGUCGAUUGGGCUAUUCAAAAAGACAAGCCCACAAAACGAGAGAAGGAUCUACCAGGAGAUAACGGUGUUGAUAAUCCCAAAUCUCAAGGACCCAGGAACGAAGCCGACUACGAUGAUGACGGAAGCCAGUCUGACUCGGACUCAGACUCAGAUCUCACAGACUCUGAUGUUCAUUCCCACCACGGACUAAUCGCAAGUGUCACCGGCUUGGUCAACUCUGGGUUGGAAAGAUAUGCACCAGCAGUCUUUGACUACAUCCCGCACCAACGCCAACCGUCCCGAUCAGUCCCGGGCGCAUUUGGUGAUGACGAAACCGAUGAAGCCGAAAUCCGCAGCUCCAAGUCUUCCGGCACGAAAGCCGACGACGCCCUUUCAACUACGUCAAAGGAAAUUGAACAAUCCUCGAUAACGUCAGGCCGCUCGAAAGCAGUGUCAUCAGUAGUUGAUGAGGUGGUGCAUAGCAGCAUCCCGCCGGUCGAAUUAAUGGAAAUGACUAAGAACGGCAAACUCACUUCCCACGAGAAAGAACUUGCCAAGCUGGCUCUUCGCAAGCACGAAAUCGAACUCAAACUCGACAAAAUCCGCCUCGAGCUGGAGAAUACCCACACGACUUCACAAAGCGGGCUCUUGACUCCCAAGGGCAUCAACAAUGACAUAGAUAGUGAUACUAGCAUGAUGCUCAAACGUGCAACGGAGAACAGAUCCGCAACGCCAAAUAGCAUUUCACAGCAAAGCCAGCGACAAAGCACUAGCAGUGAGGGCAAGGAACCGGUACAAACGCAGACUCCUACGCCUGAACCUCCGGCGUACUUAAACAUGCACAAAGCGGCUGCGCACCUUCUAAAUGAGGAAGCCAAGCUUCAUAAGCAGCUGCGCAAGGUUGAGGCUAGUCAGCUGAAGGUUGCUUCGAAGAUUGAAGCUCGGCAGCGGAAAGAAGCUGAGCGUUCGGAGAAAAAAGACGCCGAACGCUCGGAGAAGUCUAAGUCUCGGUCGGAGAAGCAUAAGUCUCGAUCUGAGGUUGAGAGUUUGCGGCUGGAAGUGAAGGACUUGAAAAAGGAGGUGAGCAGUUUACGUGCGGAGCGCCAGAAAUGGGUUGAUAUUGUUGCUGCUUUGCAAGCCGAGAACACGAAAUUGGUUGCGAAGAAUGCGGUGGAAGACGGUACCUAA